AUGUGUCAGGCCUGUUACAAGGAAGCCGACCGUCACGGCCACGAGCACGUACGUCGGGUCUAUCGACUAGUCGCUACAUCACCAUUUGCCGAUAAACAUGCGCACUUGACUUGCGAGCAGUGUCCCGAGCUGCGAAAUACACGAUGGGACCCCGCCGCGCUGUGGAUGCAUAGGAAACACGCAAACUUCAGCGUUUUAAUCGUCAAAGAGACCGCGGAUUUAACGCGGAUGAUUCGAUCCCGGACGUGCUUGAGGAUUGUCAAUCCGCCCCUUCGAUUGAGCGCGCUGGGGCCCGUGUGCUCCUCCUGCAAUCAAUUUUUGCAGUUCUCCUCUGAAGCAGCGGUAUGCUUGCAGCCGGCCUGCCGGACCGCUUUCUGUUCGGCCUGCGUCGAGAACGGGAUCGGUCGCGCACACGGAGGCGAACAUCCAGGGGCUGUGAUGCGCCUCAAACUGUACCAGGUGGCGGCGGUCGCAGCGCUGGGCUCCGAACAAGACUAUGCGGUGAUGGUCGCUAAAGCUACAGCGCGCUACGUUGUCAAUUGUCUAAGUUGCCGAAAAGGUGAUUCCCUACUCUUCUUCGAAGGCUUGUUCUGCACUGGCUGCAAAAGCGAAGGCCUUUGCAUCUCGUGUUUAGCCAUUGCUCAUACUCCACUGCAACGACACCCUUUCUAUGGGUGCCCCAAGCCGAAGGCCGGGUUCAAUUUUGGCCUCCACUCAAGUCAAACGUUCCCAACCAGAGUGCCGACCGGAGCAGAGAAGCCGCCAGGCUUUAUGCUGAAAUCGACUCUCCGGCCGUGCCAUGUCGCAUAUGAAAAGCUGCCAGACACGCGCGACCCACCCAUCCGCCUGGUCCGUCUGCACCCUGGCGAAGAGCGCGAUUCCAUACGGUUUUCGAUCGAAAUGUAUUCUUUGUCGCAAUGUCCCCGUUAUGAAGCGCUGUCGUAUACCUGGGGUGAAGUUGAAACUCCACGUAUCCUCAGAACCGACAAAGGGGAAUUAUUCCUUGCAACUGAGAACCUAGAUGCCAUCUGUCUCAACCAAGAGGAUGAGGAGGAGAAAAGCCAACAGGUCAAGGUCAUGUCUAAGAUAUAUUCUCAGGCAGCUCAGGUCCUCGUAUGGCUGGGACCCGCCGCUGACAAGAGCGACAUCGCCUUCAAGUGGAUCAAGAACUAUCCGAGACGAAAAGAGCUCAUCGACUCGGGCGCGCAGGACGAGGAUGAUGUUCCAUGGCUUCUGGAAGCCCUGCAGAUGACCGGUGAGGUCAAGCUUCCUCAGGUUAAGGACAGAGCCAGAAUCCAUCCCGACUUAGAGGGAAAGCUCAAAACCAUGCGCGAGCAGGGCAUUUCGUGGGACCUGGUCUUUCCAAUGACCCAGCUUCGAGAUAGGCCAUACUUCUCCAGAGUUUGGACCGUUCAGGAGGUAUUCUACGCCAAGGAUAUCCUGGUUCUGUGCGGGGCCCAGAGCGUCGGCUGGGGCACCUUCAUCUCCGCCUACUUCGCAUUCUGGGGCACGCGUGAAAUGAGGUCACAGCAUCCGUUCCGUUCCCACGGUCCACAUGCACUGGAAAUGUUGCGAAGAUCUCUGUUGCCGCGGUCGCAGGCUUUGUCUCAAAUGGUGCCCGAGGGCUCCUCCUUGGACGAGACGAUGGCGGAAGCAGCAACCUGGGUAAGCGAGAUGAUUACAGUGCUAAACCCACGGCGCGAGCGCUACCUCGACCUCGUCACCGUCCUUUUGUGGUUCCGGACCCACGAUGCGACGGACCCGCGGGACAAAGUAUACGCUCUGCUGAGCCUGGCCAAACCGACAACGUGGAUCACGGAAAACUACACGAAGAGCGUGUCGGAGACGUUCAAGGACGUGGCCUUUGGUCUCAUCGCGGACUCAGGCAAGUUGCACGUACUGACCAUUAGCAUCUGUGCGAGGCGAACGGAUCUCAGCUUGCCUUCGUGGGCGCCGGACUGGCGCGCGACGGUUGAGCGCGAAACGGAGGCCCCCGUGGUUGAGCUCUAUCAGCAGUUCCAAUUCAAUCCGCUGAUGAUGACUCAUAUGCGCAAGUAUGCCGCGAGCGGGAGGUCGAGAAUGAAAAGACGAACGAACACGACCACGAUGACCACGACAGUUUCGGAGGCGGUCCCGGAGCGCAAAGGCAAUAUUUUGACUCUCUGGGGCUUCGUGGUGGACGGACUUUCAGAGGUGGCGCCCAAGAUGCCGUAUAUACACCACACAAAGAAUAGAACCAAAGCCCAAGAAGAAGUCAUCCUAGCAUGCUUGCUGGCGUGGGACAAGCUCGCCAUGGAUCUGCAAUUUUUACAUCUCUCCAGCGAUCUUUAUCGUCACCGACAGCUGCCGCAGUCGACAGCGCCAGAAUUCGCAUCCACAUCAGCCUUUGAAAUCGAAGCCGAAGCAGAAGCCGAAGCCGAAGACAUCUACUGCCUUACCCUCUCACGGGGCACCUACUGGGUCGGCCACGGCGACCGCGAGCGUACGCUGCGCGAGUUCCGCCAGUGGCGGGCUUGCCUUCUUGCCCUGCAGCCGCAGCAGCCGCCGUCCUCCAGGCAGCAUGAAGACCCCCAUAAUCGUUUCUUCAGAAGCACCACCUUAGCAUUUUACGUCCACGCGCUCAGGUCGUGGUCCAAUUAUACGCUUGCGAAGACGGAUGCCGGCCUGUUAGUGUUGGGACUUGGCGAGAUGCGCAGGGGUGACCGGGUUGUAUUGUUGAAGGGCUGUGAUUUGCCUUUGAUUGUGAGGGCCGUGGACACCACUCCUGCCGCGGCUAGCGGGGUGGGGACGACGGGGCGGGAAGAGCACUGGCAACUCGUAGGGGCGGCGUACGUACACGGGAUGAUGGACGGGGAGAUGUGGGAUGAGAGGCAGUGUCAAAAGAUGCAUUUUGUUUGA